CGAUCUAAACGCUUUACCAUUAGAUAUACAUUCAAUUAAUCCAAGAACAAAAAGAGAAAGACCUGGAGAUGGAAAUUUCAAAAUAGAUAGAGCUACUAAAACAAAAUUUUCUGAGCCAAAUGAUCCGCUAUGGAAGGAUAUGUGGUACGUAAACAACAAAUUUUAUGACCCCAAAAAAAUUGAUCAUAAUGUCAUAGAAGCAUGGGAUUUGGGGUAUACUGGUCGUGGGGUUGUUGUUUCUGUUAUAGAUGAUGGAUUAGAGAUAACCCAUGAAGAUUUGGCAGGCAAUUAUGAUCCAGAUGCGUCUUAUGAUGUAAUUGAUAACGAUGAAGAUCCAACGCCUAUAGAUGAUGUGGAUCAUCAAGGAACACGUUCUGCUGGUGUAGUGGCUGCUAUCUUUAAUAAUUCACGUUGUAAUGUUGGAGUCGCUUAUGAUGCAAAAAUCGGAGGGAUUCGUCUGCUGGACGAUACCUAUAACGACACAAGAGAAGCAAUCGCCCUUGGUUAUAAACCUCAACACAUUGAUAUCUAUCUAGCUAACUGGGGUCCGACAGACGAUGGGUAUUAAAUUUUCAGAUGUUUUUGUUAUUGUAAUUAAAGAAAAACACUCGAUGGGCCAGGAGAGCUAGCUAAGGAGGCUAUAUUGCAAGGCGUUAAUGAAGGAAGAAAUGGAAAAGGAUCAAUUUAUAUUUGGGCAACAGGGAUUGGCGGAGAAGGCGAGCAAAAUCUCGUUAUGAUUAGAGGAAAAUUCGGUUUCUGUUCAAAUUACACGUC